UGUGUUACUCAGAGUUAAUUUGUGAAUAAUCCUAAUAUUUUGUGCCUCAUGAUCCCCACAAUCGCGGUAAGGAACUUUUGCAUACAUAGUUUGUUAUUUGAAUCACUAAUUUGUCAAAGAUUCACUGAUUGAACUCAUUGUUUGUUCAUAACUCGCAUGUCUUCUUGCCACUUAUCAGUCACUAAAAGUUAUAUGCAUUGUUUCAGGAUAUUUUGGCCUAUUACCAAUUACAGAUGUCGAAAGAUUGGCUAGAUUUGUUUGAAAGUCGAAUCACGUUUCGAUGUCUGCACGAUGUGUUUUAUGAUAAGCUGACUAUUCUUGUUAGAUCCAAAGCAAGUGCAUCCAACCAUUAUUUCGUUAUUUGAAACUUGUCGUCAUCAUGCUUGUGAUUGAAAUGUGUUGGGUGUACAUAUGAAUGAUGUUAUGUGUUUGUUCCGACCAAAAGAAAUACAAACUUUCUGCCCUUCUUGCUCCCUAUUUUGUUAACCUAUUUUGUGCAGCACGAUAGUUUCCCGUGUGAGUGUGCCCCCAUUAGGUGCGAUGUGCACUCAAUGAGAUAUAAUCGCGCUGGUGUUGACGAGGAGGUGCCAAGCUGAUGAGUCCAUCACGCAGUAAAGGUACGACCCGCAGCCUGCAGUUCUUUGGUCCGCUAGGCUUGCGCUACCAUCUGGCUUCCCUACCACAUCGCCAAACGUAGUUUGUGCGGAUGGGACGGGUUUGCUGUAUUUGCUCGACGCUGCGUAGCAAAGAGUGUAGUUAUUUCAGCAUGCAGUGCUGUGAAGUAUGUUCUAGCUCAGCUGGUUGAAGCUAAUGGUGUAUGAACAAUGAACGGACUUUUAUCGUUACGAAAGUUUGUUACAUAAUAUUCGCAGCGCCUUUUUGUUACUCUCAUCUUAGCAGCUUGCUUUUGCACCUGUCCAAUUCUGCAUGCUUUAUUUCUCCUAGCUCGUUUCUAUUUCGCUUGUAUCGCAUGAAAUUAGUGCCUUGCUUUCAAUGUAUCUUUUCCGAAGAUGCAUACUUCUGCUUGUCCUUACUCUUUAGACGGGCAUUCUUGGCUUCAUGUACCGUUAGUUUUGCCUCCACUGACUACUCCUGCCCCGAAUGGCGUACUAGUGGCUUGUGUAGGCGGGCUGCUGGCUGUGGCUGCUGGACCUCGCGCUGUGACCAUGUGCAGUCCGCGCCCCCGCCCUUGCCGUAGUGUCCAUGAAAUGUCCGUGCGGCUAGUGACUGGGCCUCAUGCUCAGCACCCUCCCCGUGCCGCCAACUCAGCCCCCUCCCCGCUCAGCCCCCUUCCCACUCAGCACCCUCCCCACUCAGCACCCUCCCCGCUCAGCACCCUCCUCGCUCAGCACCCUCCUCGCUCAGCACCCUCCCCGUGCACCCAGCUCAGCACCCCUUACCCCCAGCUCAGCCCCAUCUCCCUGCCGCCAGCCCAGCAGCCAUGGCCGGCGCACACCGGAUGGACACGUGGCGCGAGAAGUGGCAGGCCGACAACAUUCGCUUCCACAUGCCGGUCGUCAACCCCAACCUGGAGCAGUGGUACCACAGGGCGGCCAGCGACGACAAGCCCGUCGCCUUCCUGGUGCCCCUCUGCGGCAAGACACUGGACAUGAUGUGGCUGUACAACAAAGGGCACACUGUGAUUGGAAUCGAGGGCGUCGAGAAGGCCAUUACGGACUUUUUCACCGAAAAUAAUCUGGAGUUCACCAAAACGACGACAGAAGCUGGCAACCUCUUUCAGACUGCCGACGGUCGGAUGCGGCUGUACCAGGCGGACCUCUGUGAGCUGAACCCCCAGCUGAUCGGCCCCGUGCAGGCCAUCUGGGACCGCGGAUCCUAUGUGGCCAUCACCCGGGAUGACCGACCGGCGUACUGCCGGUUCAUGCGCGGUGUGAUGGCCCCCGGCUGCCGCUGGCUGCUGUGGGCGGUGGAGUACGACACCAGCCGGUACUCGGGGCCGCCGCGCGCGCUCACCGAAACCGACAUCAAACAGGACCUCGACGAGUGCGUGAAGCUGGAGUGUCUCGGCCGCCGGCAGAGGACGGCAGAGGACUGGGAGCGACUCAAGGCCUGGAACCUGGAGGUGCUGGACGAGGUCAUGUACCUGAUCACGCCCAACUGAGCGGCGUGACGUCACACCAGCCUUUAGUAGAGCCGCAACCAGCGGACUAGCUAGAGGGAGCGUCACUGGCGGUGGGAGGUAACGUGCGGCAUACUGUCUCGUAGCAUGAAGUCGUUUUGAUGGCUGCCUUCCAAGGCUGUGCUGAUAUAUUGACGCGAAUGUGAAUUGCAGAAGUCGCUGAGCCAGUCAUAUUUUCAAGGGGGAACAUACUGGUAUGUUUGUACCUAUGUACUUAAAUAGUCUGCUUUUUUUACUCGGCUCGGGAUAUUUGUCGCCCAUAUGUGAAAGUAUGUACCACAAUUUACGUACUUCAUAGUUGCAGUAUUUGAAUAUGCCUCCUCAUGAUUUGAUAUUAUUCGUCAAUGCCUGAAAACCACGGGUGUAAACAUGACUUAGCGAGAGACAGCUUGGGACCGUCAACCCGGUGUCAUUGUGAAAGAACUUUGCGUAUUAUUUUGGGUUUACUUGAAAUAGCUGCAACUGAGACUAUCUAUGGAAUUUAUUUUUCUUCCUUAACAAAAUCCAGUCUUCUUCAUUUCAAUGAUGGGUACCGUUUUCAUAUUGUCAGUGACGAACAGCCAGAUUCGUCUGUCCAACGUUGACCCAGCAGGGUCGAGGCUCGCCAACUACUGACCGUCCGGUAUGUCUAAAUACUAAGUGUAAGAAUAAUGGUAGAGGACAGAUGCAAAAAGCGAAAAGUUCAAGAUGCGAAGUCCGCAGGCAUUCGGAUCUUAAUGCCCUGCAUCGCGGUACUGUGUAGGCUGUGUAGUGCCGUUUUUACUGCCAAACUUCGGGUUAAGUUACGCUAAUGUUCAGGGUUUUUACAACUGCAGUAAUGACUAUUUUUACUCGUUGUUGCAUUUAUUAUAAUUGCCGAAAUGAUUGUUGGACCGAAUGCCUUUAUGACAAUAAAUAUUUUUUAUGGGCA